GCUUCAAACUAAACAGAAGCCUCCAGUUAGCUUAUCCUGAUUUAGCAUUAUCGCUUUAUUUUGUUAAUCAAAUAAAAGAAUAAAAUAUCAAGUUAUAUUUGAAUUUGGUCAGAGCCAGAGCGCAAAGAUAACGUUACUCAUUCUAAAGUAUUCAUGAUUCAUCGGCUUUCUGAGUGUUGAACAGCUGAUCAGGAGAUCAUGGAGAAAGAUGUGAAGGCCGUGGCUGCAGAAGCGUCGGUCGGGCCUAUGGCUUCACAGAGCCGAUCAGAGGACGAGGAGUCCACUGCUGUGAAGAGGACAGCCGCUCAGGCCUUCAGUGGAGCCGGGAUGAUUCCCAAGCGCAGAAGCUCCUCCAGAUCAAUAAAGAGAAAGAAGUUUGAUGAUGAACUGGUUGAGAGUAGCCUUGCGAAAUCUACCAGUCGGGUCAAAGGUCAGCCAGUCAUUGAACCAAUCAGAUGCCCCGGCAGUGACCUCGCAUCCAGUGACAAGAAGAAGGGUUUAAAGUCUGCCAGCUCUUUUACGCCUCCUCUUACCAUGGUGAUCGCUCCUUCAUCAAUGACCAAACGAAUGAAGAAGAACAAGCAGCCGUUACAGAUCACCAAAGACCUGGGCCGCUGGAAACCCACUGAUGACCUGCUGCUCAUCAAUGCUGUGUUACAGACCACAGAUCUCACGUCAGUUCAUCUGGGGGUGAAAUUCAGCUGUCGCUUCACACUGCGAGAGAUUCAGGAACGCUGGUACGCUCUGCUGUAUGACCCAGUCAUAUCAAAGUUGGCGUGGCAGGCCAUGAGACAGCUGCAUCCAGAGGCCAUCGCUGCUAUUCAGAGUAAAGCUCUCUUUAGUCAGACAGAGGAAGCCCUGCUCGCUAAGAUCACCUCAAGCAGUCAGCCUAAGCUGGAGGUUUUUCAAGAUUUGCUGAACAAGCACCCAAAUGUCUUUUACCCAUCACGCACUGCUAAGAAUCUGAUGGUCCACUGGCAGCUGCUCAAGCAGUACUAUCUGCUGGAGGAUCAGAGCGUUCAACCUCUGCCUAAAGGAGAGCAAGUGCUGAACUUCUCUGAUGCGGAGCAGGUUGUUGAUGAUGCCAAACUCAAGGACAGCAGGGAUGAAGUUUUAGAGCACGAGCUGAUGAUUGCAGAUAGACAUCAGAAGCGUGAGAUCAGACAGCUGGAGCAGGAGCUUCCUCGCUGGCAGGUGUUAGUGGACAGUAUCACAGGCAUGAAUUCACCAGACUUUGAUAAUCAGACGCUGGCAGCUUUACGUGGACGAAUGGUCCGAUAUCUGAUGAGAUCUAGAGAGAUCACACUGGGACGUGCUACUAAAGACAAGCAGAUAGAUGUAGAUCUGUCUUUGGAGGGACCUGCAUGGAAGAUCUCCAGAAAGCAAGGUUGGGAGGUUGAACAGCUCAGCAGCAGCAGCAUUGAGCCUUGUAACUGGUGA